AUGUCGUCCGCCGGCGCUGGAGGCAAGCCGUCGAGGUCUGCCAUCGUGGCCGACACGGAGAGCGGGCACCACCUUCUUACGAUCCACGGUUACUCCCGCACCAAGGGCCUGUUCACCGGAGAGUGCGUCAGGUCCAGCCCAUUCACCAUCUGCGGGCAUCGCUGGAGCAUCGACUACUACCCCAACGGCAUACGCUCGGCAGUCGAGCAUUACAUAUCCCUCUCCCUGAUCCUCGACGAAGAUGUCGCGGAGGCGGUGAAGGCGCAGUUCGACUUCCGCCUUGCCAGCGAUGUGGAGGAGCCCGAGCAAGUUGCGGCGCUGGCGUCGGCACCGGUAAGAAGAUUCUCUUCCCGGGGCGUAUCGUCGUACACCUCGUUCAUCAGAAGGAACGAGCUGGAGAAGUCCAAGUAUCUCGUAAACGACUUGUUCACCAUCCGGUGCGACAUCGCUGUUGUUCACAACUACCGGGCGUUCACCGACGCCGUGGCCUUCGUCUCCGUGCCUCCUUGCGACCUGCGCCGGCAUCUCGGCGAGCUCCUCGAGACCGAGAAAGGCGCCGACGUGGUGUUCGAGGUCGGAGGCGAGACGGUCGCCGCACACCGGUGCGUGCUCGCUGCCCGCUCCUCGGUCUUCAGCGCCGAGCUCUUCGGACCGAUGGUGGAGGGCAAUGCCGCCGGCGUGGUCGUACGCAUAGAAGACAUGGAUGCAGAGGUGUUCAAGGCGUUGCUGCAUUUCGUGUACACGGGCUCAUUGCCGGAGGCCCGGAAGGAAGAUGAAGAUGUCACCUACCAGCACCUGCUCGUCGCAGCGGACAGGUAUGGCAUGGAGCGGUUGAAGCUGAUCUGCGUGGAGAAGCUGUGCCAGUACAUAAAUGUGGGCUCAGCGGCGAUCAUCUUGGCGCUCGCCGAACAGCACCAUUGUGAGGGGCUGAAGAAGGCGUGCUUCGACUUUCUCGCCGCUCCGGCGAAUCUGAGGGCGGUCGUGGCCACCGACGGCUUCCAGCAUCUGAGCAAGAGUUGCCCUUCUCUUAUGGUCGAGGUGAUCACAAUGUCCUGCGCAUUACUUGAGUGAUGGAUCGCCGAGUGUUAUGUCAAUGGUGUUACACGA